CUUGACUCUUUCUUAAUUGCAUUGUCGGCUUCUGUCGCAUUAAAUGGCACAUAUCAUUCUUUUUCUGCUGUAGCCCGUAAAAAGCAGAAGUGGUCUAUGGAUCCUAGAAACAGCGCCUGGAGUAAAGAUGAAUCCAAGUUUGGCCAGAAGAUGUUGGAAAGAAUGGGCUGGUCCAAAGGAAAGGGUCUUGGGGUUCAGGAACAAGGGAACACAGAGCACAUCAAGGUUCGAGUGAAAAACAACACCCUUGGUUUAGGAGCAGCCGUAAAUUAUGAGGACAGCUGGCUUGCCCACCAAGAUGACUUCAACCAACUUCUGGCUGAACUGAAUAACUGCCAUGGACAAGCUGAAUCAGAGCCUGCUGGCGAACAGAAGACGACAUUCAGUCUGGAAGAGAAAUCCAGAUCCUCCAGGAAACGAGUUCAUUACAUGAAGUUUGCCAAAGGAAAGGAUCUCUCUUCCCGCAGCGAAGAUGACCUGUCCUGCAUUUUUGGGAAACGACAGACUGUGAAAACUGAGGAGGACAACACCCGUGCGGAUUCUCCAGAAGAGGAUAGAAAUGACCCCCACGACAUGCCCACACCAGUGGACCAGAGCAAUACCGUGACCAGCACCAUGACUGUGCAAGAGUAUUUUGCCAAGCGCAUGGCAAAACGGAAGAAAUUCCCAAAUGAACCAGAGAGUGACUUAGCAGAUCCUCACGUGGCCACAGCUCAAGACUCGGAGUCUUCGCAAGGCCCAAAAAGCAAAUCCAAAAAGAAAAAGAAAAGCCACAAAAAUGUUGAGGCAGAGACCAUGGAGGGCUCUGAAAAACCCAAGGUGAAACCCUCCAUAACAGAUGGCUCGAGGGGAGAACUGGAGACGCCAGACCCGGAGUACCAACCAGGGAAAAAGAAAAAGAAAGCCAAAGGUCGACGCAGAGGGGAAGACAACAGUUGUGAUGGAAACGCUUGUGUUUUCGGAAGGAAUGGAAAGGUUUUCCCCACAACUUCCGACAGGGAAAAUCUUGAAGAAAACUCUGAGGCAAAGCAAAAGAAACCAUAUAAGAAAAAACACAAAAAGCAGAAAAAAGAGGCCGCGGAGUCUGUGCAUGGAGUGCAGAGAAAAAAGAAGAAACAUUCGCCUUAACUCAGCAGUGUCUUGGACUUUGGGAUGAGUGAGAUGUUGACUAUGAAACCUUAUGGAAAUACUAGCCCAGGGGUGGGCAAAAGCCACUCAAUGGGCCAGAUCCAGCCUGUGCAACUGUGCUAGGCCCCACCCCCUAGCGCGUUGCCUGGGAGGUGGAGCCUCAUGAGCCCUUUCAACUGCUAUUUAAAGGGCUCAUUCCUUCUCUAUUGCCUGGCAGAUGUGGGGAAGGCGCGAGCCCUUUAAAUAGAAGCAGUUAAAUAGACGGGCUUGCCUGUCUCCAGCUCUCAGGCAACGCUAGCGAGCCCUUUUAACUAUUUCUAUACAAAGAGCUAGUGCCUCCCGGGUGGCUGUGUUGUCUGGCAGCCACAAGCCCUUUAAAUCGAAGCAACUGAGAGAGCUCGCAGCUCCGGCCCCACACUAGCCCGUUGCCUGGGAGCCAGGGACAUGUGAGCCCUUUCAACGGCUUCUAUUUAAAGGGCUUGCGCCUUCUAUGCCAGGCUCCGCC